UUUACCUUCUCUGUCACUGGCAAAAACUGUCGACACAUUGGCAAGGUCUAAACAUAUUCUUAUCAACCGGGCGCUUCAUUCUCGCUAUAAUGGUGUUCUUAGAAGUUUAUGAGGACUUUGAGAAGGCGGCAGAGCGACUUUAUCUUAAUGCACCUAUGAAGACUCGAUGUGUGCUAAAAUAUGACCACAGCAACUGUUGCCUUAAAGUUAAAGUUACAGAUGAUGUUAUGUGUGUCCAGUAUAAGACCGACAGUCAACAGGAGCUAAAGAAAUUAGAGAAACUGUUGAGCAGUCUGAUGAAACACAUGGCAUCCGACCAGAGAUAACUUAGCUCUGGGCUCUAGAGGUUCAGAGUUUUCCAGUCAUGUUUUCCCUUGCAAUUUACUCUUUGUUAAUAUGAUUAUGUAAUGGUUUAUAUGACAGAUAUUCAGGGUUUUUUUUUUUUUUUUUUUUUUCAACUAUCCAUAGGAGCAUGAAUAUGAUUAUGUAAUGUUUUAUAUGACAGAUUGUCAGGGUUUUUUUUCAACUGUCCAUAGAAGCAUGUGACAUGACACCAGCUUCCAUAAGGAUCAUAUCUUUUGUUUCUUUUUCUUUUUUUCGAAGGGAAUUCUUUAUGGAUAUCUAAUAAAAUAAUAAAAAUGUUAAACUUUAAUAAAGAUACUCUUUAUAUUA